CGGAUUCCUCCAUGAGGCCGCGUAGAAGAGAUAUCAGAAUUUAUGUAACCACCAGUACCUCUCCUCUUUGAACCCCCUUUCUUCUUUACCUCUUGUCGUCGUCGUCGUCGUUGUCCAUGGCGUCCACCAAGCCUGUUUGGGACCUGCCGCAGCUGCAGCCGUCGACGACGGACACCGAGUCGUCUGCUUUCAUCACUACCCACAAGCUGGAGGCAGCGCUGAGGCAAGUAUCCAAGGAAGCGGCGCAAUACGAGUCGCAAAUGAAGGACCUAGAGGCCAAGCUUUCCGAGGGUCUAUCCAAUUUCCGUGCUAUCGACAGUUUCUUGCAGGAGGCCUUUACUGUUCUCCGGCGCAAUACCCGGCGCGCUGAACGUGCAAAGAACCAUCAGCUUCCAGACAUCUCAGCUGAGCUGGACGAAUGCAAUGGAAUGCUUCAGGAUCUGUCUGAGACUCUUCCGACGAUACAGCACCAAGUUGCGGACUUGCGGGCGGUAUAUGAUUCUGGCCGAAAGAAGGCCCGAUCCCUUGUUGCCGACCUGACAUGGCUGAACACGGAAUUCUACGAACGAUGGAGGACCAUCAUUUUCACGUCCACUAGUCCCGUUUCUUGGCGAUGGAAGGCUUUCAUGCGGUUCCUUUUUGCGGUAUCAUUUCUUGUCUGUUCCUGGAUUACCUGGAUUGCUUUACUAGGUGCCUACCGCGCCUAUCGUUACAAGUUGGUGUGGGGCGAGAGGCUAAUGUCCUGAAACGAAUCUGAUUUCUUUACGAAAUUUCUUGUACAAUUCUUAGCAUCACUCAUGGUAACUCAAGUUAUUCCCAAACUCAUUUAUAUACCUUUGUCCUACCUCUUGUGCAUUAGGCUGUACGAUCUUUGUAAAUUUAUUUGAUACGUAGAAAACGCGGAAUCUAUGUUGCAACGA